GCGGGCGUUGCCUCCCCACCCUAAAUCACCGUAUUCCUCCCCGCCGGUCAGUCCCAUGGCCACCUCGUCUUCUUCCUGCACGCCGGUCGGCGAAUCGUCUGCCUCCCCGCCGGUCAGUCCUAUGGCCACCUCGCCUUCUUCCUCCACGCCGGUCAGCGAAUUGUCUUCCUCCCAGCCGGUCAAGUUAGUCGCCAUGAAAGAAAAUACGUGUCAGCCGGUGGAUCAGGUCGGAGGCAGAUUAUCUGCACUUGUUUUCAGGGAUUUGCCUGGCGAGGAAAAGUCAUCUUCCGAUCUGUCUGACGCUUCGGAGUCCGAUGAGGGUUCAGAGACUUACGACACAAACCAUGUUUUGGCCUGGAGAGAUCCCGGUUUGCCUACACCAGUUUAUGUCAGAAUGGAUAGUUCAGGAGUUUUUUACACAUAUCCUACUCUGGGUGAUAAGCCGUUGCAGAGCCUUGAAGAAGUUGCAAGUGCUGUUGAUUCCUAUGCUAAUCCCAAUAGCAAUGUCAUGUCUGAUAAGAUGCUUUCAGAGAAGGAACGUGCUGUACGUGAACGUCUUUACUUUCCAGAUGGCACCCCGAAGGUCUACACAAGGGCUCAAGUAGUGAAGAGGGAACGUGACAAAGUCCGGAGACUGGUUGAAGCUUUACUGGACAAGCGGAAUGACGCUGAGGAUCGUGUGGAUGAACUCGAAGAAAUUGUUCAUUGGCAAUCAAUCUGCGAAGGUGUCGAAUGGUACUAUCAUCUCAAUAUCACUGUGAAGACCAAAGGAGCUGCCGAUGAUGCGGGCAGCACCAGUCUAUUCUUCGUUGAAGUCGCAUGUGAUUCGAAUGAUAUCACAGGAUAUUAUAUCAACACUUUCUCCAGGGUCGACACUGACGGCCAGGAUCGUGGAGCUACCUGCAAUGGCUGUAUAAACAAUGAAAGUGAUGGUAUGAAGCACCCGCGUGCUGCUUCAUUCAAAGGCGGCCACAUGAACAUCGGUUUCCCACUUGGUUUUGGUCCCUGUAAUGAGAAGCAGUGGGUCGACUCCCGUCACAGUGAAGCUCAGUAUGAAGAAAUGCUAAAAAAAGAGGAGGAAAGGAUAAGAGACCAUUUUGAGUUCAUUGAAAAUGCUGAACAUCUGCGCCGCAAACAUCUUAGUUAUCGAUGGGAAUAUCAAAUAAAUCUCCAGUCAGAUGAAGAAAUUGCCUCUGAUUCAGAUGAAGAGUGAAGAUGUCCCUGCCUAUUAUAUCACCUGUUUUCAUUUAUCAGUAGAUUGAACUCAGUGGAGCUUUCGAGUAUUUGAACCUGUUACCAAGUUAAACACUCGACUUAAUGACGUUUGUGUGUAAUGUCAUAUGUGAACAAGGCUGGAAGG